AUGCCAGUGGACCCUGCAUCGCCUGGAUUCCACAGGACAGAUGUCGGUAGAGCCCUAUGGGAUUUGGCCGGUGCCGGGCCACCUGAUGGAUCUCAUCUGGGCCGCGGGAGGGUGGGAUCCGAUGUCGCCCGUGCAAUGCAGUCAGAGCCUGUUGGCCGCCUUCGAAGGAUGCAACUCGAAUCUGAGUCGCUUGAGCACGGUGCCGAGGGGCGCACUGAAGGAGCACAGGAGGAGGGAGAUGAGGAUGAGGCACCAGAGUCUCCUCCGUCACCCAUCCGAGUUCGUCGACAGGAGAAAGUGCCCACCAAUGCACGUGCGCGGCUGCUCGCAGACAGCUCUGACAGUGAUGAUGCAAGGCCUGUGCGGCCUGCGAAACCCAGCAAGGCUGCAGCAGGUGAUGAAGCCCACGCGAGUCAUGAGCUGGACACGAGUCCUCAGGUCUUUGCAGAAGCGGCCCAGGAGACCAUCCCGUCCAGUCCGGUGGCCACUGAACCGCUUCCGGACAGCCAGGUAGACCCACCUCCGGAAAGCCAGGGCUCGGAUGGCUAUCCGGCGGCUGGUCGUGAUCACGCGGGUCCGGCGCCCGAGGCAACAAAGGCGAAGGUGCACAGGGGCAAGCCGGAAGCGAGGCAGAGGAAGGCUAGACCCGACAG